GGGGGGAGAGAAAGGGUGGUCUAAACCUGCGCGCUCAGAACAACAUGAACGUAACGAGUAAUCCGAUUAAAGUGAUUCUGGUUAAAAUUGGUGGCACUGAAAGCGAUCCCUCAUUCGGACGCCAACAGCCUGCGAUAUCGUUCCCUUUUUAUCGCCUGGAAGGAAACUUGAAAACUGCCAAGAUGCCAGUUGACCUGAAUGGAUACUGGAAAAUGAUCUCCAACGACAACUUCGAAGAGUACUUAAAGGCUCUUGAUGUAAACGUAGCCAUCAGGAAGAUCGCCACCCUGCUGAAGCCUGACAAGGACAUCACCCAGGAUGGAGAUCACAUGAUCAUCAAGACCCUGUCCACCUUCAAGAACUACCACAUGGACUUCUACGCGGGGAAGGAGUUCGAGGAGGACCUGACCGGCGUGGACGACAGGAAGUGCAUGACCACCAUCACAUGGGAAGGAGACAAGCUGGUGUGUGUGCAGAAGGGGGAGAAGGAGGGGAGAGGCUGGACACACUGGGUGGAAGGAGACCAGCUGUACCUGGAGCUCCGGGCUUGUGGAGUGGUGUGUCUGCAGGUGUUCAAGAAGUCUUAAAGCUCGCCAACAACUCAAUCCAUCCAUCUAUCUCUUUAUCCAUCUCUUUAUCUAUCCAUCUCUAUUCAUCUCUAUCCAUCUCUAUUCAUCUCUAUCCAUCUCUAUCCAUCUCUAUCAUCUCUCAUUUAUAAAA